UAAAUGUAAACAUAGAUGUUUGUUUGAAUGUUGAACUUGAUUUCUUUGAAAUUUUGACGACUAUGAACUUUGUAAAUUGUUUAAGUGUUCGUGGAUGUUGUGAACUUUCUUUGUAACGAGUUACGUGUUGAAUAUUUGUCUGAAUGAACGAAAUGUGCUGAACAUGCGUCUGAAUGAACGAAUGUGGAAAAGGAUGAUCGACUAAGAAGAUCAUAUCUUUAGUGUCGAUGUCGGGCGUGUGAAUAGCGCCGCGUGUGACCGUCGAGGGUGAGGGUCGAGUAGGGGAAUACCGGGUGUUCAUGGGAGAACAGUUACCCGUGGGAGUGUAUCCCGAAUGGACUGGGUGUUCAAGGGAGAACAGCUACCUAUCCCGAAUGGACUGGGUGUUCAAGGGAGAACAACUACCAGUGGGAGUGUAUCCCGAACGGACUGGGUGUUCAAGGGAGAACAGCUACCAGUGGGAGUAUUUCCAAGGCGUUCGGAAGUGGACGUACUUGGGGCGAUCAACGAUGACCCUGGGACUCGACAUGCGAGAAAUUAUAUAUGAACUGAAAUGAUAAUAAUAAUGAAAUAUACUUCUUAUUUGAAACUGCAAUGAGUAAUGUGUCAGCAAAAAAUGAAUGCUAACUGAAAUAAUAUUUAAGAUGAGUAGCAUUCCACGUGUUGGGAAUGGGCUGUCCGUCGAGGAGUUGGAGGCGGUAUGCACCAUUCGCCAUGUCCUCGACGAUGCGGAAUGGGCCUUCCCAGUUGGCAGUUAGUUUGCCGUGCGCUCGAUUCUUCCUAGCUUCUCCUCGUUUUCGCCAGACCAGAUCGCCACUUUUGAACGCUCUGGGUUUGACCUUGGUGUUGUAACAGCGAGAUAGCAUUCGCUUUUGUGCCUCUGCGCGGACGGUAGCGACCUCUCGACGCUCAGGAAGAAUGUCGAGAUUCACCCGUAUCUAUUCGUCAUUAAGCGUCAUAUCAGUGAUAUUCCGUCUUAACGAGGGUUCGCCGACCUCGACCGGGAGCAUGGCAUCAUGGCCAUAAGUCAGGUUGAAUGGUGUGUCCCCUGUGGAUCCGUGUGGAGUGCACCGAUAUGCCCACAAGACCUCUGGUAGCUCUUCUACCCACAACCCUUUGGCUUCGCCGAGUCGCUUUUUUAACUCAGUAAGUAUGGCUUUGUUUGCGGCCUCGGCUUGGCCGUUCGUUUGAGGAUGCUCGACCGAGGAGGUGACGUGUUUGAUGCCCAAACUGCUGAGGAAUGCCUCUAGUUUGCGUUCGACGAACUGGCGACCGUUGUCCGUAAUGAUCUUCUGCGGUAGGCCGAAUCGAUAGAUCAGGCGCCAGAUGAACUUCUGCACUCGCUGAGCACUGAUGACGGACAACGGCUCAGCCUCUAUCCAUUCUGUGAAAUAGUCGACCGCCACGAGGAGGAACUUGUUCUGUGCUUUGGCAAGGGGUAAAGGUCCAACUAUGUCGAGACCCCAUUGAGCGAAGGGCCAGGGAGAAAUGAUACCAUGGAAGUCUUCGGGAGGUGCGUGGAUGUCGUGAUCGUGGGCUUGACAGGAGAUACACUUCUUGAUGAACGUCUCACAAUCUCGGUCGAGCGUAGGCCAGUAAUAUCCUGCGCGGAGUAUGCGUGCUCUGAGCAUUCGCUUACCCGAAUGAAAUCCGCAUAUGCCUGUGUGCAGCUCGCGCAAGACAUAGUCGGCUUCCUCCUCUGAUAUGCAUUUCAAAAGAGGAGUACUGUGGCCGCGGCGGUAUAGGUCGUCGCCUAUGCACAAAAAAUGCGCAAUUCGUUUUGAAUCAGUCAGACUAAUGCUCUCUCCCUGUUCCUGUUGCACCAUUAGAGCCUUGAUCUUCUGCCGCCAGUCUGUUGCCGGUGUCGACAUAUCGGUGACGAAAGCUUCCACGACUGGAUGGUCGAGCGACAUCUUGAUGAUUGAUGAUAGCUGUGCUCUCUCCUUAGAGUGAGUUAACUUAGACAAGAGAUCUGCUCUUGUGUUUUGCUCCCUGGGUACAUGGACGAUGUUAACCUCGGCGAAGUUUUGAAGUAGAGUCUGAGCUUUGUGGAAAUAGCGCAGUAACUGAUUAUCUUUAACCUGAUAAGUUCCGUUCACGUGGCCGACCACUAACUUUGAAUCCAUCCGACACUCUAGACGAGGGACCGCGAGCUCUUUGGCUAAGGAUAGACCAGCAAUCAAGGCUUCGUACUCGGCCUGGUUGUUGCUAGCAGAAAAUUUGAAUGUGAUGACUUGCUCUAUGACUAAACCAUCUGGUCCUUCUAGGACAACCCCGACUCCUCCCCCUUUUGUCGGAGGAUCCAUCUACGUUGAGGAGCCACUUUGGUGUUGAGUCAUCAGGUGCGGGUAUUAAUUCAGCUGCAAAAUCCGCCAAAUGCUGACCCUUGACGGACCCCCGCGACUUAUAACGUAAUCCGAACUCGGAAAGCUCCACUGACCAAGAGACCAUCCGUCCUGCUAAGUCAGGCUUGCGGAGGAUCUUGGCGAUCGGGUGAUCGGUCCGGACUACUACUUGGUGGCUCUGGAAAUACGGUCGGAGUCGACGCGAAGCUGUGAGUAGGGCCAGCGCGAUUUUCUCGAUGCGAGAAUAUCUUUCUUCCGCCCCCUGUAGCGUACGGCUGGUGAAGUAUAUUAACUUGAGGGAGGGUGCUUCUUGUAUUAAGGCAGCGCUGACGGCUUGGUGGGAUGCUGCGAUAUACAGCUGUAAGUCGGACCCAGCGUCCGGUCUAGCCAUAAUUGGAGGACUAGUGAGAAUGUGUUUGACAGUGCUGAAUGCUGUUUCACAAUCACCAUCCCAGUGUCGUGUGGUGCCCUUCUUCAUGUUCUUCAGGAUGGGCUUGAUGUGUUCGACUAGCUUCGGAAUGAAACAAGAGAGGGCUGUGAGUCUACCAACUAGACGUUGUACCUCCCUGAGGGUUGUUGGGGCUGCCAUGUCGAGUAUGGCUUUGCACUUGUCGGGGUUGGCUUCGAUGCCUCGACGAGUAAGCAUGAAACCUAGAAACUUACCCGCAGGGACUCCGAAGGUGCACUUGGAAGGGUUAAGGCGCAUGCUGUACCUUCUGAUUUGGCCGAAUACUUCUUUUAAGUCUUGCAGGUGUUGUUCCACAGAAUUGCUCCUGAUUACCAUGUCGUCGACAUAGACGUCCAUGCAUUGUCUUAUCUGAUGAUGGAAAACUUUAUUCAUGAGGCGUUGAUAAGUAGCCCUGGCAUUCUUUAAACCGAACGACAUUACUUCAUAACAGUAAUUAGCGCGUUCAGUAAUGAAGGCUGUUUUGCUCUGAUCGGACGCGUACAUGGGGAUUUGGUUGUAUCCCGAGUAUGCGUCGAGGAAGCUGAGUAUAACAUGACCGGAGGCUACCAACCGAUCGAUGCUAGGCAAGGGAUAUGAAUCUUUAGGGCACACUUUGUUGAGGUCGGUGAAGUCGACGCACAUUCUCCACUGGCCGUUCGACUUCUUGACCAUGACGACGUUCGACAACCACGUAGUGUAAUUUAACUCUCUGAUGAACUGGGCGUUCAUCAACUUCUCGAUCUCAACCUGAAUGGCUUUGCGCUUCUCUUCUCCGAACCGUCGCUUCUUUUGCGUGACAGGGCGUGCCUCUCUGAAGAUGGACAACUUAUGGGCCAUGACUCCGGGGUGGAUUCCUGGCAUAUCGGAGGUCGUCCACGCGAACAAGUCUGCGUUGGUCCGGAGCAGACGUCUCAGAUCCUGUUCAUCCUUCAAAGCGAGGUCCCCGCCAAAGUUUGUGGUUUUGGAGCCGUCCGCUGCCAAUGAAAGGAACUUGACAUCGCCUUGUGGAUGGAGACGCUCGUCUAUGUUAGUUCGGGGGUCCAAGUCGACCGCCGCUGUUUCAGCUCCUUUCGCCCUUUUGGUUGGUACAAAAGGGGUGACUUUAAGCCCGACAACAUAACACUGUCGAGCCGUUCGCUGAUCCGCUCUUACGGUGCAAAUGGUGCCACGUUCCGUGGGAAACUUCAUGGCCAGGUGAGGGGUGGACACAAUGGCUCCAAAUGCAUUCAAACAAGGUCGCCAUAACAAGGUGUUGUAUGAUGUGUUGGCCUCGACCAACAGAAAGCGGACUCUAAGUUCCGGUGCCUCCUGACCCGUUCCCAGGCGCGUUCGUAGGUCGAGGUACCCCCGGGUGUCGAGUCUUUCCCCUGAAAAGCCUACAAUUUGCUCGUUGAAAGGAGCAAUGAGGUCCUCUGAUAGAUCCAUCUUUUUGAAGGUGGACCAGUAUAGGAUGUUGACCGAACUCCCCUGAUCGACGAGUACCUUGCUGACGUCGUAUCGAGCUAUUUCGGCCAUGAUGACCAUGGGAUCAUCGUGAUCAGGGUCGGGCGCAUGGAAAUCUGCAUUGGUGAAGGUAAUAUCAGGAAUUGACCGAGGUUGUCGAUCCACCAUGUGUACCGACUUCAACUGUCUUAGAUGUCGUUUCCUGGCGGAGGAUGACACUCCCCCCCGGCGAAACCACCCGAUAUGGUGUCGAUUCGACCUCGGACUGAACGUUCUCUCUCCGUUCGUCGGGGUUGGCUGCGCGAUCGCCUGCGGCGUCGGUCAUCCCGAGGAGGUGAUCGCUCGGGGCUCCGUCUGGAGGGAUCCUUACGGUGAGGAGUUGUGGCUCUGGUGGAGAUUCUGUCCUUAACGUAGUUCUGGAGGUAGCCUGCUCGGAUGAGUCGCUCCAGCUCGUCCUUCACCAAGUUGCAUUCUUCCGUAUCAUGCCCAUGAUUCAUGUGGAGGCGGCAGGCCUUGCUGCUGUCCGCGUUCUUGGGAGUAGCUCUUCGCCGCACAGUUAGGAGUUCGGCGUGCAAAGCCUCCUCAAGCACCUUUGCUCUGGGUGCGUUGAGGGUCGCGUAGCGAUCGUACUUAGACGUCCACCCUGACUCUUUUCGGGGCGGUCGGUCUGAUUUAUAGUCGUUGGUCGGUCGUUUGGCGGGUUUCUUAGCAUCAUGGUUGGAGGUAUCCUGCUGCUGCUUCUUCCGAGAAUUCCGAAGAUCCUCGAUGCGGAUGAACUUUGCAAUUGUGGAUUGCAGUUCUUCCAUAGAUGUUGGAGGGUCAGCAUAUAAUUGUUCCGCAAAAUAUCCUGGCCUUAAGCACGAGGGUAGAUUGCUGAUGAUGAAGGUGUGAUUGAUAUCUUUCACACGCCGGGCCGUCUCGUUGUAUCGUUGCAUGAACGGUUUUAGGGUUUCAUCCUUCUCCUGCUUGGUAUUCACAAGCUCAGCAGCAGUCAUCUCCGAUUUUCUGUUGGUUGCGUACUGUUUUCGGAACAGAGUUUCGAUUGUCGCAAAACAAUCUACUGAAUUCCGUGGAAGAGUGUGGAACCACUCCAAGGCCUCAUCCUUAAGGGAUAAGGAGAAAGCUCUGCAAAUGACGGGGUCAUUGUCUGUGUAGAACGCCAUGGCGUCUAUAAAGUUACGCAGGUGAUUGUCGGGAUCGGCGGAGCCAUCAUAACGGUCCAAUGCUGGGGGAGGUUUAUCUGGCAUGUGCGCUUGCAUGAUGGUCUCCGUGAACGGGAGCAAGUUGGUGAGACGCAUGGAAGGAGGACCUUUCUUGCCCCCGCCAAAUGGGUCAGACGACCCUCCAUGGUGGCUCCCUUCAUUAUUGUCAUGCCGAUUAGAGGCUGACAAUUCUGGCGGUGGUUGUUGCACCCUCAGUGCCGCCAGCUCCUCUGCCUGCUUGCGCUGGAGUUCUUGCUGCUCCCGUAUAGUUUGUGCUUGUGCCUCGAUCUGUGUCUGCAGCUGCUGGAUCAAAUCGCGAGUGUUGAAGUCUUCCAUAGCUCCGGUGGUCGUCGUUGGGAUAUCAAAUCUCGGCCCCACGGUGGGCGCCAAAAUGUUUCAGUAUGGAUGUGAAACCGAGAUACAAACCUAACAAAUCUCAACUGCUCCUUCCUGUGACGCCGCUACUGUGAUAUCUCUCUUUCUGUGUUAUGCUCUCUGAGGGGAAAAUGGGCUGGGUACCUGCAAAGGCACUCCGACGCUCAAGUCAGAAAAGGGAUCUCUUGAAUCUUUUCAGUUCAAAGUGAUCAAGAAGAAGAAUAAUUUCUCUCUCUUAAUUUCUCUAAGGGGAAAAACGUACCUUUUUUCUCGUGUGCUUUGUGUAUUUAAAACAGUAAAAUAAACCGUUUACCUGAAAGUCCGGAUGGUUACCGAAGUUUACUAUCUGGUAGUUAUAAUUGCUAGAUCGUGUCUGAUACUGGGUCAGUUAUUCCCGUGAUUUAUGGCAUUGACCGAUAUUCGUAACUGGUAACUUCUAACCGCUACACCUUUUAAGUUUAAGAUAUCGCUCGUCAUAUGUCGACCGCCUUAUAUACUGAUGUAACUAUGCGAACUGUCGUGCGAGACUUUUGUCGCGACAUCACUGUUUAGUUGUCGAUCACCAAGUGGUCGACGUCAAACUCUAAAUGAUAUGAACAUAAGAAAACCCAGAAAAUGGUCGGUUGGGUUAUGUGUCGAUCGUUUAGUAGACUAUAUUACUGUUUAAUGGUCGAUCACCAAGUAGUCGACAUUAAGCUGUAAGUGAUACGAGCAUGAGAAGGCCUAGUGGACGGUCGGUUGGGUUAUUUGUCGACCGUUAAGUGGACUCAGGAUAUAGUUACGAACACAGCACAUAGGGUUUAUUGUGUUGUGUUGAAAUAUGGAGGGUGCUCGACGACUACAGGGACAAUCUAUAGCAGUUUUCAAUGAAGGAAUUGGAUUACUCCUUUUCCGCUGGUCGGCUCUUCAAACUGCUGUCGAGAACGAAUGGGGUGGCCGUGAGUCCCGUGUCAAAGCCGAUCAACUUGUCACUGAUAUUCUUUCGUGGUUCACUCAAUUCAAAGAGCCACUGUACAUUGAUGACUUAGAAGACAUACUGGAUCAAGGUAUGCUUUCUCUCAAUGUGGAGGUCGAAGAUGGCAGUAUUGAAGAGGUAGCUGAGAAAUUAAUGGUUAUGCAUGAAGAAUUCUUGGACGGAAAUUUUAGUUCUUUUGAAAAUCUUAGGAAAGCCAAUCUCGAGCAAGCAACUCGUCCUCACACAGCGCAGAUUGUAAAUGAUGGUGAAGAUGACAGUGACGAAGAUGGUGGUGAUGAAACCAUGAGUGUAGAUUGUAAUUCUUCAAGCAUGAAUACGGAGAUUCCGAGAUCUUAUUCAAACAAUAAUUCAGUUAAUGAGCCCCGGCCGAAUGUUUCGGGCGGAGCAGAUGAUGGAUGGGCUGUAGUUUCAAACAGAAGAAAUAAGGGGAGGAAAAAUUAGAUAAAAAAAUAUCUAUUGUUUUUUCAAAGUUUUGUUUCAAGCGGGGUAGUCCUUAUACUUUUUGAGGUUUUGCAGAAUAUCUUAAGGAUUUAGAAAAAAUAGUUAUCCCGGUUAUAUGCAUUGGAAAAUCGUACGUUAUGUUUUAUACAUUUUUUUUGCCUUGUGGUUUCAUUUUAUGUGAUCAAGCCGGGCCAGUUUCCGGAUUUCGUA